AUGAAUCUAAACUGUAAAUUUUGUUAUGAUCGCGCCGGCCAUGUGAAUAGACCUGAUUACAUCUGCUUAAUUGAUUCAUCUUCAAAGACGGAGAUUUUGGAGCCCAACGUGAUGAUUCGAAAAAUUAAUGGAGAUCAUUUAGAUGGAAAAAGUGACAAAGACGUCGAAGUGAUUUGGUUUAAGCACGCAAAGGUCAACUACUUCCCUCAUGGACUGAACGAAAUUUUUCCUAAUUUGAAAAUUGUGAGAAUUCAAGAAUGUGGAUUGAAAUCAUUAACACGAAAGGAUUUGGUUGGACUAGAAAAUACUGAGUCACUGUGGUGUGAUGCCAACAACAUCACUUCACUUCCAAACGAUAUGUUCCACAAUAUGAGCAAACUUAUUUAUAUUGCAUUCCAAUUCAAUGAUUUACAGUUCAUCUCUUCAGAACUUUUAACGCCAAUAUUCGAAAAUGACUUACAAGUUGUGGAUUUUAGUGGAAAUCAUUCCAUUGAUGCUUUCUAUAUUGCUGACUCAUGUAAUUAUAGGCAAUUAUUUUGUGAAAAUGAAGCUGAUUCUGUAGCAGAGUUGAUGGCCAUGAUUGAUGAGCAAUGUGAUAAGCCAAUAAACGAUGAGCAAACGAUCUCAAAAACAAAAUUAAAAGUUUUGAAAACUGAGGAGUUCAAGGAGCUUUGGACGACUGGUUGUUUCUCGGAUAUCACGAUUGUCACUGAUACCAAGAAAUUCAAAGCACAUAAAGUUGUUCUAGCUGUUCAGACAUUUGAAGCCAUUCAGUCGAUAAUUGAUGAACCAGUAAAAGAAGAACUGAUAAAUCAACCAAAAGUUCUCAAAAAACUUGUUAAGGCCAAAAGAAACUUUGAUUCCAUGGUUAAUAAAUACAAGAAACAUUAA